AUGGAGAACAAGGUUAUUUCUUGGGGCACUGCGGCUCCAGAAGCUAUUGCUGUCAUUGAUGGCGCUCACUCUAUCACUUAUGGCGAACUGAUCAAUUCCGCCAGAAUGAUUGCAUGCUUCCUGCAGGAGCGCGGCGUCAAGCCAGGCGACUCUGUGGCGAUCUUGUUUGAUGUUGAUCAUCGUCAAGUUAUCGCGCAGCUGGCUGUCCUUUUUGCUGGUGGAACUUGUGUUCCAAUUUCCCCCACUGCACCAUUUCAUCGCGUCGCAAGCAUGCUGAGCGAUGCCAAUGCUCAGUACGUCAUUUGCGAUGAGAAUUCAACCUUCUCCUCUGAGGGUAUUACUCUUCUCCAUCUCAGUGAUGCACCAGUCUUGGAGUUGUCCGUUGAUGCAACCGACUCUGGUUCUUCACGGAUUGCAUCACGUCGUACGCAUAUACUGUUUACCUCUGGCUCAACUGGUAAGCCCAAGGGCGUCCAGAUCAGCAGCUCUGCCAUACUGCACCUGGCAGCCAGUACCCCAUUGACCCCAUUGAACCCCGAAGAUCGGGUAGCUGCUUUCAAUGACCCUGGCUUUGAUCUGAGCCUCUUCGAAGUCUGGGUUACUCUUCUCAGCGGUGCCACUAUCUUCAUUAUCCCAAAGGUGACAGUAGUUGAUCCUACUGCGCUGAAGAGCUAUCUUGAACGUCAGAAGAUUUCCAUCAUGAUUAUGCCUGCCGCUCUUUUCCACAUCGUCGCCAAGUCAUCGCCUGAUUCCUUUCACUGUCUUAGACAUCUGCUCACUGCAGGCGAUGUUGCCAAUAGGAUGGCCAUGCGUCAUGUUCUUGAGCACAAUCCUCCAGAGCAUCUUUGGAACACGUAUGGCCCGACUGAGUGUACAACCCUUGCAACGAUGCAGGAAGUCGAUAUCAAUGAAACACUACGUGACCGGAUUGGUAUCGGGCGUUCCGUCGGCCAGAUGAAGAUUGUCCUCAUAGAUCAGUCUCAGCAGGUCAUUCGCGAUACCAAGCAGCGAGGCGAGAUUUGUAUCGCUGGGCCUCAACAAACUCAAGGUUAUCUGAAUCAGCAACCUCAUGAUGAGUCAAUUUUCAUCGAAAUCGACGCUCCCGUAUUCGUUGGGUCUAUCGACACGCGGGAAGAGCAGGGCCACUCUUGUACUCGGUAUUACCGAACUGGCGACGUGGCCGAAUGGAGAGAUGACGGCGGCGGCCUCGAUUUCAUCGGGCGCAGAGACAACCAACUGAAACACGGAAGCUUUCGAGUAGAACUUGAAGAGAUUGAAAGAAGUCUUCUCGAAAGUGAACUUGUUCAAUCUGUCAUUGUCGUGAAUCGGCCAGCACCAGAUGCGGACGGUGUUGGGGUUCUAGUCGCGUUCAUCGUCCCUUACGACAAAGCCACUACCAAAUCGCAAGACCUGGUAUCGUUUGCUCGAAACACACUACCACAUUACAUGGUCCCUGAUAGAUUUGAAAUCGUUGAAGAUCUUGUUGUGGACUCACGAGGCAAAAUUGAUCGUCGUGCCUUUUCGGAGAGCCUCCCUGAAUCAGCAUCGGCCACCCCCCAUUUCAUCCUCACGAAUGGGAAUAGUUCUGCUUCAUCAACAAAGUCUACACUGAAGGCUAUUUGGGAGCACAUUCUGGGCGUUUCGCCGGUCAAGGACGAUGACGACUUCAUGGCCCUUGGCGCCACCUCACUCCAAAACGCUGCCCUUAUCGCCCGCAUCAAGAAGCAUUUGGGGCGCCUCAUCUCCAUGCAUGAUCUGUACUGCCACUCCCGCUUUGCAAGUUUGCUUCAUUUUCUCGAGAGUGACGCAGAGUCCAUCACUGCACCUAACGAUGCAGAUAAAUGGAUCAAGGACGUCGACAUGGUAGAUGACAUCGAGGAGACACCAAACUGGGAAGACCCAGAUGAGGGUAAAAUCUUCUUGACUGGUGCGACUGGUUUUGUUGGUGCUUUUCUACUCGAUGAGCUUCUGCGUCACCCAAAUGUCAAACAGGUUGCUUGCCUAGUUCGUGGCAAAACAGAGUCCGAAGCUGCUCGUCGCCUUCAAGCCAAUAUGCAGAAAUAUGAUCUGUGGCCUGAUGACUAUGCUUUAACUACCAAGAUCACGGUACUCCCAGGGGAUAUCACGAGUCGAGAUCUCGGCCUCGGAUCAACCAAGUUUGAUUGGCUUGCCAAUUGGUGCAGCGCCAUAUUUCACCUAGCUGCCAAGAUCAACUUUUGCGACUCGUAUCAUGAGCACUACGAUACCAACAUCCUUGGAACUCGGAACAUGCUCCGUCUUGUUGCUCGAGGGCGACGCAAGACAUUUCACUACGUGUCUAGCAUCGAUACAUGGGGUCAGACAGGAUACUUUCUAGGCACCAAGAGGGUCUUGGAAGACGAACCUCUUGGCCCCCAUAUUCAAGGCGUGAGAUACGACGUGGGCUACUCCCAGAGUCAGUGGACAGCUGAGGGAAUGGUUCGGCGCAUGAGAGGUCGGGGUUUUCCAAUCAUUAUCUAUCGGCCCGGCUUCAUCAUAGGCCAUUCGGUCACGGGAGCGAGUAAUCCCAACGACCUUGUUUCACGACUCAUUUCCAGCUGCAUAAAGCUUGGUGCAUGGCUCAAGAUCGAUCUAGAUCCGGCAUAUGUUACAGUUGACUAUGUAGUCAAGGCUAUGUUACACGUCUCACGCUCAGCAAAGAAUAUCGGCAAGUCAUAUUGCCUUGUCGCGCCACAGGUUGAAGAUUCAGUGUCUGUGAAUAAGACUUGCUCUCUUAUCUGCCAAGCUGGCUACAGAGUCGAGCUCACAAGCUACCCUGAUUGGAUCGCCCGAUUAUCGGAAGAGAUGCUUCCGGAUGACCCUCUUGCGCCUGUCAUGCCACUACUAGAAGAAAAGGUCUUGGGCAACUUUACAAGACUUGAGGUAAGCCAGCAUUCUCCGAUAUACGACUCGAGAAAUGCAAUCAAGGCUCUUGCAGGUAGUGGUAUUCAUUAUGUUACACUAAGCCCGGAUAUAAUUAAGCGUUAUAUUGCAUUCUGGAACGAGAAGGGCUUUUACUCUAUCUAA